GGAGAUCGGAACAAAGAUUGCGCGCUGCACAGAGCAAGGGUACCUGUCGUCAAGCACCAAUGAAGUCUUUCGCUGCGAUCAUGCUCCUGCUGGCUGCAAUCGCGACUGCAGGUGCCUCACAAGGCAUCCACCAGACAGGUGCUGCGCUGCACGAGCUAGGGCUGGCGCGCAGCUCGCUGGCAGGCACAGAGUCUGCUGUAGCGGUGCACCAUGCGCAUGGCCGCCGCCUCUUAGUGGACACUCGGGGAUCCGACCCCAUCGGCGCUGACACUGUUGGCAAUGGCAAGGGUGCCAGCGUGGCUGCAGCGGUCCCGUACACAGCAGCGGCACCAACGGCCGUACCGUUGGCAUUCCCCGCAGCGGUCUCCUACGGAGCUUCAGCGCCGGUGUCGGCGCCCUUUGGCCAAGGCGCACCUAGCGUGCUCGGCCGCCGCCUUCUUGUGGACUACAAGGGAUCGGACCCGGUGGGCGCUGACACCAAGGGCAACGGAGCUGGCAGCAGCCUGGGCGUGGCCAGCGAGUCGCAGUAUGCAAAUGCUGUCUUCAAGACGGCUCCUGCGGCGUCGCCCACGGCUGCACCCAUGGCGGCCGGCGGCCCGGUGCCUCUCUCCACCAUCCUCUACAGCUCCGUGCCCACGGCCGGCAAGUACACGCUCGCAUCUGCGCCCACAACAGCGCCGGGAGCUCUUGCAGCUCCGUCGCUGGGAGGCCGCAGGCGCAUGGCGUAAAAGGAUGCUUGAGUGCUUGGAGUAAGAGCAGCACACCUGUCUUGGCGCGGCUUGGGGCAUGCCCAGGGUUGCCUGUUUGGGCGAGGGCAAUCGGAGGAUCACCCACGUGGGCAUGCCACCUGGAGGGUGUGUUGCAGGAUGCUCAGCGGAAGGGACCGGGGUCAUCAGGCAGCAAGUACUGGCUGCUGAUUCAGCAACUCCACCCAAGGCAAUGCUAGAACUGCCACAAAUCCACCACCGUUGUUCUGAAUCCGCAAUAUUCCUGGACUCGUAAGCUUAUUGCACGGCCUGGCAGCCCAAAUACACGCAGGGAUGCAUAUAUGUUGUCACAGCCGGGGAAAUAACGUGCAGCCCGGGUGCUUUGCGCGUGCCAACCAUUUUCAAAUUCUGGGUUUGGCGUGCUUGAGGGCUGCAUUAUAUAGUUGAGGGGACAGGCUGCCACCUGCGCCGGUUCAUUCUUCACACCACGUUGAUACCAUCGACAAUGCAACCCAAGACUGCACUUGUUUCUGAGGUCAUGGGCAUCAAUGUGGCUUCAAUAUUACUCUGUAGGUCGGGCUUCAUUGGUUGCUUAGGCAGCAAGGACAGGAUUGCAAGGAUUGGCGGGCCAUCUCAUUUGAAUUUUAGGGAGUUCUGGGAGGACGUAUUGGUAUGACUUGUACCCGUAUUUCCAAGGUUGGAAUAAGUGGGAUUCCCUUUUGGGCACAAGAAGGAAUAAUGCAGCCAUGGAAGGGCUGUUGCAGGGCAACCCAUUCUCUCAGUAACCAACAGGAAUCGUUUGACAAAUGAGCUGUUUUGUAGUCAGCAAGCUCAAUGCAAAGCUGGAUGGCAUAUUCCCUCUAGAAGAUGCAGUUGCAAUGCACAGACAGUGGCCCAAAUGCAGAACAUCGCGAGGUUGCCAUUAGAGCUUCCCAAGACCAUUACUUGAUGGUCAUAUAAUGCGGAUUUGACACUACGGUGCUUGUUUGCGGAUUGGUAGACAGUCUACAGCCACACAUUUGUGAGCUGGGAUCUAAGAUCACACUAGUCUCUGCAGAAGUUCCCACACCAGACAGCAGCAGGACCUCUUCAAUUUUUUUGCAUUGAGUCCAAACUUUAGCGUCGGGCCUAGGCUAGCUGGGCUCUUUAGCCAAGUUGUACACUCAUGAAUGGUGUUGGGUGAUUUGUACUGAUUGCUAUCCCUUUCUGUACCUGCUGUUUUGCUACUUUCGCAUUUACGGUAUAGUAUUCUUCACGAUUAAACAUGUGCACACGUCCAUGUAAAUGUCACAAUCAUGCCUGAUC